AUGGAUAGAUUAGAACCUAAUGAUGAAGGUCAUGAGGAGUAUCAGGUGGGAGAGGAGGAUGAAGUUGGUGGUGAUUACAUGACGAACUUGUUUUCGAAUCUUUCUAGAUUGAUUCAAGAUGCAGCCGAUUCACUCGAUCCUAAUGUUAUGGCUGAUGCCCUCUCAUUUGAUGACCACCAGCAGAAGUUCAUCAAUUCCUACCAAUACUUCCUCGGAGCACUAUUGGGUAACUCUGCUGUAACCACACCUAAAUUAGGAGUACCAGAGUAUGGUGCCGAUGAAUUCACUUUUGGUGCCUACACUGAAGCCCUCAAAAAGAUCACCUCCAAAAGUGACAUUAGCUCACUAAUCCAAGAGUUUCUCAAUAUCAAAGAGUCGCUACUCGAGUUGGUUGGAACUGAACUCUACAAAUUCCCUUAUUGCAAGUAUGAGUGGGAUAAUGGUGGAGUAUACGUUCGUUGCCUAAACUGUGAAGAGAAUGCUCUCGGUUGUAUCUGUGUUGAUUGUUUCAAGAAAGGUGAACAUACCGAUCAUGAAAUCAUCAUUGAGAAUUCAUCGCAAGGCGGUUGCUGUGAUUGUGGUAACCCAGACAUCUGGAAAACCAGUGGUUUCUGCUCUGAUCACUUCCUCCAUGACAAGCCAACCUAUCCACCCAAACUUUUGGAACCGGAAGUAAGAAAGAGACUACAUUUGUUCGUUCGAUUCCUAAUUGAUUUCACAUUGAGUGAAAUUCAAGCCCAAGAAGAUAUUACUAUUUCCGAGUCUGAAAAGAUGGAUAAAAAAGAACGUCUCGCUGUUAUUAUCCAAUGGAUUGAAGAGGUAUCGACCCAAUCCUAUCCAUUAUCUCAUAUUCUCUCUGAGGAAUUCACCUUGCAGACAUUGGAUGCCACCUGUUUUGAUCUUCAUAAACCACAACCACUUCCAUUCCAAACAACUGGUGACACUGAGCUUGAUACCAAGUUGAUGCCACCCAUUUCCAGCAAAAGUCCAAUUUUAAUUCUGCUUCAAUAUAUCAAAUUGAGACCAUUGUUCCUCAGUCAAGUUAAAGUUCUGUUCUUAUCAUUGAUGGGUAAUCCUCUAUUCAAGAUUGUUAUGUGUGAUGAGUUUCUCAAGUACUAUUCAAAAUUGGAACCCAAUAUUGCUGCCAUAUCCGUUGGACUAUCAUAUUUGACUUGUCAAAUGUAUGAGGUACCAUCUAUUGUUGUUCCAUUCGCAACAGGUUAUUCAAAGAGCAACAUUAUUAUCACUAUUUUGACUCAAAUUCAAUCUUGUUUUGAACAUAGAUUUACCUAUGACCUGUCCAAUCGUAGUGAGCGUUUAUCAUUUGAAGAGUUCAUGUCCAAGUUUACUGACAGCCAAUAUCUUACCAGAUACUUUAGACAUCAACAGGUCACGGAAUAUGCAUACAACAAUGAUUUUAUUAUAAACAAGUUCCUCAGUCUACUUGGUGAUAUUCAGGGAUUUAUUCCUAUCACAAGAGCAUUAGACGUUGCCUUACCUUUUGAACUACCAAUUAUGGGUUCAUCCAUUUCGAUUGAAAGUGAUAUGUUGGAUGCUUUGAAUAAAUUCUUUGAGAAACUUAAACAAUUAAAAUUAAAUCCAACAAAGUAUAUAUCACUUAUACUUGACCACAUGAAUUUCUCUAACAAGAAAUAUUUUACGUUCAAUAAUUAUGAAUUACCAUCGAACGAUAUUUUUAAUGGUGUUGAUACAGUAUCUAUUCAUAGUCCAUUGAAUAGAUUGAUUGGUAUUUUAAUAUUGAGUAUGAUCAAUGGUUCCGAUUAUAACCAAUCAGAAAUCAAAUCUUUGAUCAACAACAAACAAUUGUUAAGUAUUGUCAGUGAAUCUCUUUUGCCAAUUGUUUUGGUAUCACAAUUCCAGAAUCGCUAUUGGCAAAAGAAUUUGAAUGUUGAAGAGUUUAAAUCCUUUCAUCUAUGGUCAUUCUUGCAGAACGAUCUUUUCAAUAUCCAAUAUUCAUCUAUUCUUCUUGGUCCAAACUACUUUUUGAAUGUUCUCAUCAGUACUUUUACUUCAAACUAUAAAUCAACAAAGGAAUAUCCACAUUGUUUGAAUGAUUUAUUGACAUUGGUAAUCAGAGUAUUACAAUUCAGAAAGAGCUCAAUGCACAGUUAUGAAGAAGUUAGAUAUAGUAUCAUUCAAUCAUUGUUUGACAGUGUUGAAUAUCAUUCAAAAUUGGUAAUUAAUAGAAGAGAUUUCUAUAGUAGACAUCUGGAGAGUGAUGUUGAGAAAGCAAUCCAAGAAGUUUCAACUGUAUCUGGUGCUUCCAAGAAACAUUCUUUGAAACCAGAGUAUUUCGAUCGUUAUGAUUAUUACUACCCAUAUCAUUUACGUAGCACUCCGGAAUCAACACUAGAAAAGUAUCACGAAUAUCAAAAGAGUGAAUAUUCGACGUUCCCAUUGCCAUGUAAAUUAGAUGCACUUCAUCCAAAUCUAUCGGCAGUCAAUCAAUUGUUUGAUGAACCAUUGAUCUACCAGAUCGCAUUCUCAACAUUGUUGUCAUUCGUCCAUCCAAGCUACCAGAUGAAAGUUAAAUUCGAAUCAUUGUCAAACUUUAAGGAUUCUGAAUACUUUAUACCAUCACCAACCAACAAUCAAAGUGAAUUGGAUCAAGCUGCCAACCAUAUUCUCUAUUUAUUGUCGAUGGCAAUGAGAAACUUUAAAGAAUCAACAAUGAAUACUCUUCGAUAUGAUGAAGUUUCAAACAUUAGAUCAACUUUCAAGAGCUAUCUAUUGAAUGAAAAUAACAACAACAAUCAACAAAUGGAGAAACCAAUUUCAAUUUUGAAUAUUGUUCAACCAUAUCAAGUUAUUGUCGACAGCACUUCAAAUACCAUCAAACCAAUCAGUAUCUUUGAUUUGGUAACUGAUCUAUUUGAAAUUAUCGAGUGCAAACACAAGUUUAUCAGCAAGAAGAAUUUAAUUUGCAACUUGUUGAUUUCGGUCAAUGAAUUCGAUUCAAGUGUCAAUCAAUAUUUCACCAACCGUAAGAUGUCUAUCGAUGAGGUAAUCAACAUUGAGACAGAAAAAGAAGAGAGAAUCAAGAAGGAGGAAUCACUCAAGAGACAAAUGAUGAUCAAAGAGAAGAUGAUGCAACAACAACUCCAAUUCCUUCAGAACAAUGACCAAUUUGACAAUGAAGAAUCUAGCAACGCUGAUACUGAGGCCAACGCCAUUGUAUGUCUCUCCUGUAAGAGUUCACGUAAUUCCAGUUCCGAUCCACUCUGUGCCAUCGGAGGAGUUGAGGGAAGCCAUACAGGUUCUCUAUCCAAGAGACAAACCAUUCUCAAGCAUUAUCCUGCUGUACCUUUGGAAGUAGAAAAGGAAUAUACAGAUACCGGAGCGAUUUACUAUACAUCUACAACCGACCCUCAGAAUGUAGAUGAAAAAUUGUUUUUAUCUCAACUUGGAUAUCCGUUGAAUGUAAGAUGUUGUGAUCACUAUGUUCACAAGUCAUGUAUUGAUAGCUUUGUAACACCUGGAACUUUCUUUAAAUGUCCAUUGUGCAACAGAGUGUCUUGUAUUCUCUUGCCUAUUGAUAACCAAAGUCGCAACAAAGACAUUCAAAAAGACUGCAUGGAAAUCAUUAUCGUCUGUGAUACCGUUUUCAGAUCUGAGCCGGACAUUACAGAAAAGCAUGUUCAACAGUUUCUAUGGAAAUAUCCAUUGACUCUGAUCGAGAGUAUCGAAGUAACUUCGCGUCUUAUAGAUUACUAUAAUGAAGAAUAUGAUGUGCCAUAUUAUGUAUUCAGUGAAACUGAAUUCCAGAGAAGAUUGAAAACAUUAAGACUUCUCUAUUUCAAUAUAAAGACAUUCGUAGAUUUGGAGAAUACCGGACCGUUCGAUCUCUGGGGAGAUUCCUCUGCCGAUUACGAUCCUUUCAUUUUGGCAACUUACAACCAUUACCUCAACAACAACGAUUCCUCAGAUUCAAAGCUACAGAUUAGAAAAGCAUAUGAGCGUUUGAUUUUUAUUGUAUUUUCAAAUGCCAUCAAGAGAUUGAUAACCCCCAGCGGUAGAAUGACAGAUAAACAAGGAGAUGAUUGGUAUAAAGGCAAUAUGGAAUCGUUCAUUAAAUUCAUUGAGGAUUCUGAUGGAGAUCAAAAAGAAACCUAUGCCAAGGUUGCCAAUACAUUGGAUGAAGCAUUAACUCCAUUCUUGAGAAAGUCACUGCUUUUCAAACAUUGCGUUACAACAAAUUUUGAAAAACCACUCAACAUUGACCAACAUCAAGUCCCAAUCACAUUGGAAACAUUCUCAUCUGUAGAGUUUCUGCUGAAAUCACUUGAGCUUCCCAAUUGGAGAGAGGUACUUCCAAACUUUUUGUACCAAGAUAAGAAUUUUUCUAAAUUCAAAUAUCAUUUCCUUUCCUUUUCUCUUCCUCCUGUGACCCCGAAAUUUAUUGAUCUACCUCAGAAAUACGUUGAUUUCUUUGUUAAACACGUUGAAUCUACAGUCAAUGCAAAUACACCAAAGGGUAUAUGCCUCUUCUGUGGAAAUAGUGUUAAAUAUGAUAAAGAAAAAGAAACUGCUAUGGUUCUUCAUACAACAAUUUGUUCACAUGGAAUUGGAUUGUAUUUACAUGUUACAGAGUCAACACUAACUGUGCAUUCAUCAAUUGAAAACAAAAUAGUUGAACAAUCAAAUCUCUAUUUUAACAAAUUUGGUGAAGCAUCCACCAGAAUCAAAGAUAAUCUUGAGCUUAGAAAGUCCUUCCUAAAACAACUUUAUAUUGCAUGGUUAAAAGGAAGUAUUAGUGAAAAAUAUUAG